AUGCCGUCGUCAGCUAAAGCAACCGGAGCUACCCAAACAGUGGAACAGAAGCGGCGUACGUCUCCUGAACAGCCAGAAGAUCCGAAACCCGCUCCUACACGAAAUGAACCUGCUGUUCGUAUACCGGCUAAACAAGAAGCUGCUUCUCGCGCUCCGUCGUUCGUACCAGUAACGAAUGAACCAGAAACGGUUGUCGCUCCCACGAAACGACUCGCUCCAACUCCUCGGACGCCAAUGUCUGCUGCUGCGUAUCGACUCGAGAUCGACUCACUGAAUAUGCUGAUGAAUCAGGUGCUUGAGCAAAUGGAAAAGGGACCAGUCAGCCUGAAUCUCGUUGCCAGAAUCAAGGCACAUCCGAUGUACGAUGCAAGACCAAUGGUAAAAGAACUGUUGGAGAGUAUCAUAGCUGCUCAGCCGGAACAGGUGCAACGUGAGACGAGCAAACUCGUCCAGCAGAGGAGUCAGGAAGUUGCUAGGAAAAACCAACAGAGAGCAUUCGACGUGCCGAAAGCGCCCGUCGCUCCUAAGAGGCCCGAGAAACUUUCUCGAUCAGGAUUUGGAGAACGGCCAUGGCACAGCGUCGAGGUUGGCUUCGAUCCGGACGAGGACUCAGAACUGGAAGCGAGCCAUCAGAUGUCCGUCGCAAGCGCUGCUACUGAUGUCACGGUGCAGACCACCUCAUUCGAGGAUAGUGACGAUCAGGCCGAGCCUCCACCACCACCGAAAACGCCGAUCUUAGCAGAGACAUUGAACGAAGAAGAGGAGGAAGCAGAUUCCGAAGAUGAAGAGGACUACACUGAUAGCGAAAUGGAAGAGCUGGCCGAGGAGGUCGAGCAGAAGAUCGUGGUGGAGCAGUCGGAUGCACUGCCUCCACCCGAUCCAGUUGUUGUGCAGCCGCAGUAUCUCGAUGCCUUCGACCGUGGCCUAGUGAAACGGCAGAGUAAAGGGAAAUAUCAGCAUAAACGAGCCCAGCAGCGACUGCAUCGAGAGAAGAAGAAGGCCAUAGCUGAACACAGUCGCGUUGAUAUGUACGGUCGUGGCGUGUCGAUGGAAUGCGAAUCGCCCACUCUCCCACGAAAACCCCUCGGGGGACCACAGCCCACCAACGAGCAAUCACCUUUCCUCUUUGACAAAGCGAAGAAGAUCAUUAUGCAGUAUCCUGGACGUCCGGAUCUGUCAGAAAUCGAAGAUGGAUUGGUGAAGAAGAAGAAGGAUUGGCUAAAGACGCAAGAUCCCGACCAGAAUGGCGGCGGCAGUGAUAACAGCAUUACCCCAACACCAAGCUGUGUUGGUUCACUUCCACCCCGAACGCCGCCACUAAUGGGAGAAGAACAUGAGGAAGUUACGCACAGCGAGGACGAAGCGGUAAGUUAUCUUACUUAG